AUGCUGCCGACACCGCCGCCGAGCCCAAAUACGCUUGCACUGGGCGGCCACAAAUCAUCUCACCGGAAGAAGACCCCGAUCCGCAACCCCGCCGGAAACCCCCGCGCGUGUAGAAUCUGCCCCUUGGUGCUUCCCUCCGGCCAAGCCUUAGGCGGUCACCCGCGGGAUCACUACGUGUCCCCUGCUGAGACUCAAAUCGCAAGAGGUGGCGGUGGACACGUCAGCAGCGAAAACGACACCUGCCCCACCACUUAUGCUACCGUAACCGCAAGUAGCAUGACCUCAUCUGAUGGAGACGGCGCGUCAACGCGCACUCCAGCGAGGAGGCCGAUGUUCGACCUGAACGAACCGCCGGAGAUGGAAUCGAGUUUGGGUCCCGGGGCUGACCCGGAAGAUCAGAUGAGAGGAGAUGAACAUGAAGUGGAAAGCUCAUUACCCGCAAAGAAGAAUCCGCCUGGAAGUUCUUCAUUAGCUAUCUAA